AUGAUUGGAGUUCAGGCUAGUGGCAAAGGCUCUCGGAGAAAAGAUUUCACAGAUCUUUCAGAGCAAAUGUUUACGGUGGUUGAGAGAGGGACCGAUUGGCUGUCAAUCUUCAAUAACUCCAAGAUAUACCCUCUGGGGUCUCCUCGUUCCCCAGCCCAUGUGCAGGCGAUAGAAGACGGAAGCCGUGCUACAGAACAGACAUCUAUGGAUCCCUCCGACGGAAUAUAG